UCCCAGGCGCCCUGAAGAAGCGCAGGUGUUCGGCUGAUUGCGGCUGAUCAGUCUUCUGCUCAGGAACGCGUGGGCGUCAACAGAUGGGGUUUGUUACCAGCUCCUGCUGUAGCAUCACUUAUUCAAGCUUCAGAUGUUGUUUCAGCAUCAGAUGUAGUUUGCGUCAGGCAGAGGCAUUAAAAUGUCUGGCUGUCAUUCUGCUUCAGCAACUCACUGAGAGACGAGGAUGAUCAAAACGACAGAAAUCUGGAGGGGCCACAUCAGACAAUGUCGCCGGCUGCAUCAUCUCAUCUGCGGUUGAACGGAGGUUAGAUCUCUUUGCAGCGCCCAAAGAGAAGCUAUUUUUGCCUUAGUCAACACUAACGUAAAAACGACAGGGAAGAAAACUCUGUCAUAUCAGGCCUGUAAGGCUAUUUGCGGGAAACAACUGAGAAAGCAGUGCUAAAGCCCAAGUCUUUCGCAACCAGAAGAAGAAUGAAAGCAACAAUUCUCAUUGGAGGCGAGCGUGGAAGUUUGUGUCGGACACAUUUUGCAUACAAAACGGGCAACGUUUGACCAUGAUUUCCUAUUAUUUUCCUUGAAAUCUCCAUAUGACCGAAGCGUGUUGGCGAUGAUGAAUCCUGACAAUGUUGAUGGAGGUUCAGUUUCUCCAGUUAAGAGCAUAAAAGACUGGGUGUUCCAGAUCCAAAAAGACUUGAUCACAUUAACAGACAAAGCCAGCGGGUUGGAGGACCUAAUAAAGAUAUAUCAUAAACACAAAACCCACUUCAGCGUGGAAUCUAACAACGCGAGAAAGCUGGUGGCAACGGCUGCAGGAAACAUAGAGAAACUGCUAGCUAAUCGCUCCGAAGCCCUAAAGAGACUUGCAACCGAGGCCGAAAAGUUUCAAAAGGAACAUGAGUGGACGGUCAACGGCGAGGCUAACGAGCUCAAGUACUACAAUGCCAAAGAUGGCGUGAAUAAGACCGCAUUGAAAGAAAGAGAAAAAGAAAAGGAUAAAGAUAAAGAAGAGGACAAGAGCAACAGGUUCAUUCCAGACGACUUUGAAAUGGACCCCGACUUCAAACGCCUCGUCUCUUACAACACCACCGCCGUCCACAUCCCCACCGACAUAUACGAAGGCUCCACCAUCAUUUUGAAUGAGCUGAACUGGACAGACGAGUUGGAGGAUGUUUUCCGACAAAACAAAGAGGAUGAUCCUUCACUGCUCUGGCAGGUUUUUGGCUCCGCCACUGGACUGGCUCGGUAUUACCCAGCUUCCCCCUGGAACGACCAGAGAAGCUCACCUGACAAGAUCGACCUGUAUGACGUACGCAGGCGACCUUGGUACAUUCAGGGGGCGGCGUCACCCAAGGACAUGCUGAUCCUAGUGGAUGCGAGUGGAAGCGUAUCAGGCCUCACCCUGAAACUGAUCAAAACCUCAGUCAGCUGGAUGCUGGAGACCCUCUCCGAUGACGACUUCGUGAACGUGGUGUCUUUCAACAAAACCGCUCGGCCCGCAGCAUGCUUUCAGAACCUGGUGCAGGCCAACGUGAGGAACAAAAGGGUCCUGAAGGAGGCAGUGCAGAGACUCAAAGCCGAGGGCAUCACCAACUACACAAGUGGCUUUGAACUGGCGUUUGAACAGCUCGCACAGACCAAUGUGUCGAGGGCCGACUGCAACAAGAUUAUAAUGCUGUUCACUGAUGGAGGAGAGGAGAGGGCUGAGGAAAUCUUUAAAAAAUACAACCCAAAGCAAGAGGUGCGCAUCUUUACUUUCUCCGUAGGCCAACACAGCUACGACAAAGGCCCGAUACAGUGGAUGGCCUGCAAUAAUAAAGGGUAUUACUAUGAGAUUCCAUCUAUUGGGGCCAUUCGCCUGAACACUCAGGAGUACUUGGACGUUUUGGGUCGGCCAAUGGUCAGAGCUGACAGCGGGCCCAAGAGAGUCCGAAAGCCCAAGCAAGUCCAGUGGACAAAUGUCUACCUGGAUGCACUGGAGCUGGGUCUCGUAAUCACCGGAACACUGCCCGUCUUCAACAAGACUGACACAGGCUCAAAGAAGGCAAAAAACCCGCUCUUCCUGGGGGUUAUGGCUAUUGAUGUCUCCUUAGAAGAUAUCAAGAGACUCACGCCUCGGUUCACAUUUGGUCCAAAUGGCUACUACUUUGCUAUUGAUCCAAAUGGGUAUGUGUUGCUCCACCCUAAUCUUCAACCGCUGACUGCUAAGUUUGAUGAACCUGUAACACUCGACUUUCUGGACGCAGAGUUGGAGAACGACAUCAAAGUGGAGAUAAGAAAUAAAAUGAUUGAUGGGAAAACGGGAAACUACACAAUAUCUACACUGGUGAAAUCUCAAGAUGAGCGCUACAUUGACGAAGGCGAGAGGACCUACACCUUCGCUCCUGUGAAGGGAACAGACUACAGCCUGGCCCUGGUCCUGCCAAACUACAGCAUGCACUACAUCCGUGCAACCAUAGGCGACACGAUCACCCAGGCAAAAUCAUUUUUGGGGAAAGAUGUUUCUGAGAGCCUGCUUGCAGACAAGUUUGAUGAGUACGGGUAUACAUUUAUUGCACCAAGGAUGUACUGCAAAGACUUGAAGCCGCCUGACAAGAACACGAACAACACAGAGUACCUGAUGGACUUCAACAAUUAUAUAGACACAAAGACUCCAAACAACCCUAUGUGUAAUGUGGAGCUUGUAAACCGGCUUCUCCUUGAUGCCGGCAUCACCUCUGAUCUGAUCAAGAUCUGGAAGCAGAAUGAGUUGCAGCAGGGUGUUACUGCCAGAUUUGUUGCGACUGACGGAGGAAUCACUCGCGUCUUCCCGAAAAGCUCCGGGCUGGACUGGAAGGAAGAAGCAGAGACCUACGAGUCGAGCUUCUACAAGCGAAGUUUGGACAACGACGUGUACAUCUUUACGCCAACACCCUGCACCGAAAGUGACAGGGAUGUCCUCGUGAGCCGAGCAGUAAACCUCGAGAUUCACAACAUUACGCUCAAACCAGCUGUUGUUGGUGUGAAGUUGAACAUCUCUGCGUGGAUGGAGAGCUUCAUCAACAUCACUUACAGGAUGAAUUGCAAAGAUGAAAUCUGUGGUUGUAAGAAAGGUGAUCCGUACAUAGACUGUGUCAUUCUGGAUGACGGCGGAUUCCUGGUGAUGUCCAAUCAGGAGGACUAUAUUAACCAGAUCGGCUGUUUCUUUGGUGUCAUCGACCCUGACCUCAUGAGAACUCUGGUCAACUCGUCGCUGUUCACCGCCAAGAGCACCUACGACUACCAGUCUCUCUGCGAGCCCAAGAGAGAGAGCAAAGCGGCUGCAGGCCUGCGCUCCAUUUAUGUGCCCACAAUAGCAGAUAUAUUGAAUCUGGGAUGGUGGGCGACAGCUGCAGCCUGGUCAAUUGUGCAGCAGUUGCUGGUCAGCGUCACAUUCCCAAAUUUUCUGGAUGCAGCUGAAACGGACGAUCAAGUGUCGGAUGCGAUGUCUAAGGAGGUGUGCAUCACAGAGCAAACGCAGUACUUCUUUGAGAACAAUGAGUCUUCCUUUGGAGGCUUAUUUGAGUGUGCAAACUCCACCAGGCAAUACCUCGCUGAGAAGGUGCCAAAUACAAACCUGGUCUUAAUCAUUAGCGACAGACAACAAGACAACAGCCAGUCAUGUGGAUUGGGGCCGUUAGUGCAGGAUGAAAAGCAGUCUGCUGGGCCGGAUCCUUGUGAAAUGGCUCUCAGUCCUCGCUACAGGAAAGGCCCACUAUUUUGCUUUGAUAAAACUGAGCACGAUGAGGCCAUGUGCCGAAGGAGCGCUGGCUCCCCAUUGGCUUCCUCUCUGCUCAUGUUACUGCUGCCACUGUUCAUGUGCUGUCUCGGGAGGAGGACCCAGACUGUGGCGGGGUGUCCGGCCUGACCCCCUCGCUUUGGCUGAUGGUGGUCAUUCAGGUGGUGUCGCUCUGGGCUGUGACUGAUUCGAGGCACCAUGCCAUCCCAUCAUGACCUCAGAAAAACAUGAUCUCUAGCCUCCCUCCAGAUCAACAACAACAUGGCUACCAGCAUCCAGAGCUGCCACCCAAAGCAAACAGCCGCUCGAAACAAACACAAAAAAAAGAAUAAAUAAAUAAAAAGAAGAAGAGACUGAAGUUAUUUUGUUUUCAGGGUGUUCUCAAAGUGUCUUCAUUUGGGUGAUGUGGACGAAAACAUUUACCAGAGGACAAAGGGUAAAGGGAUUGGACGUCAACUAUGACUCUCGUUUCUUCUCCUGAGAAAUGAAGAGAUUCAUCGUGAUCGCCAAUUUUCAAAACACAAUCUGUUUGUCUCUGAAAGAGAUCGUUUCAAGCAUUGGUUCAGUGGCAUAACUGUUGGCAUACAUCGUGAGUGGAGUGGCUUGACUAUUAAAGAUGCCGAGAAGAAUAUUACCCUUAGAGAGAAUAAACGUUAAGAAAUUACUUGCAGUACUUAGUUUUUAUUCUGGUUUUCAACUUUCUACAGUAGAAGCAAAGUCGUACAUAUAUUUUUUAUUAUUAUUGUCCUAGAGAUACUUAAAGAGAAACCCACAUUUUCACGGUGUCUCUUACAGUCCGACGUUCUUUUGCUGGCAUAACCCGUCUCCCGAGCGGAAACCAUAUCCUUAGCGACAUUCAUUCACAGAAGCCAACUCUUCUACUGCCGCAGAGAGCGCUUGUUUAUGGGUGUGGAGUUUUAACGUUCGAGUUAAUUUUUGAAAUUAGCUCUGGAGUUACGCGUUUGAAUUUUCUGCCUUGGUUUUUGCUUUGUUUUUAGGAUUGUUCCAGGGUAAUCUUUGUUGCCAUUGCGCACAUUAAACCAAUCAGGAGACAUCCGGCUUGUGUCCUCUGAGGCUCAGUGGACAAAAUGUCUAGUGCCAUGUGGACUGCGUGACUCUGACAAACCCUCUGUAGACUGUAGCUGCUAAAUGGAGUGUACUGUUGGUUAUUUGAGUGAAGUGUCUGUACAGGGUUGAUGCAUUAAAGAAUCUGAAUGAGGUGUAAGCGACAUUUUCUGUGGUCAUGAGGGGUACAUUUAUUUAUUUUUUGCUGUCAUUGUAUAAUUUUACUGUCUGAAUUUAAAUUCAAGUGCAUUUGGUCUCCAGUUAUUUAACAGCCCCGUUUCCAAAACUGAUCCCUCCCUGGAAAUUCAAUGGAGGACAGAAAAAAAAAAGAAGUCUUAAAUUGUUCUGGGUUCUUUUUUUUAAUGUUUGGAAGUUGCAAAUGUUUCUCAGCGGUAGCAAGAGUUCUGCAUUCAGAAAUAGAGCAACACUUCCAACCGUCCAGAAAAUGUUUUUUUUUUAAGAAAGGCAAAGUAAGUUCACAUUGAUUAUUAACAUAGUUACCACUUAAUGAACCAUGUUUUAAUUUAGGUUUGUCAGGAGUUUAGCAAUUGGUCCGUUUAACAGAUUAAAUUGAGUAUUCUAAUAAUUUGCUUGUUGCUUUUAGUUGCAUGCUGUUUCUGUUUCUUUAAAUUGCCUACAAUACAUCAGCAUUCUUAAUCCUUUUGAUUGCUCCUUUCGUUUUGUUUUUUUUUUUUUUGUGUUUUUUUUUUUUCAAAAACGAGCUGCUGCUGUUUAGGAUAUUUUAGUUUUUUUGUGCCUUGUCCUUACAUUUGUUACAUGCCCUGUCAAAUUUCUUGUACGCCUCGAACUUUGGUUCUCACCUACAGAUAUCGCAUUAGUGUUCUGAAUACUUAAGCCGAUACAUUUAGUUUUGUGAAGAAACGUUUUGUUUCUGCUUCCUUCCACCUCAUCUGUACGCUACUUUACAGUGGCACGUCAAAUAAAUUCACAAUCGGAUACAUAGAUGUUUGUGAUUUGCACUGUGACGAAAUGUGGCAAAAUUCAAGGCUUAUGAAUACAUUUUCCAGACACCAAGUAUAUGCAAAAUACAACCAUAUAUUUAAAAACAAAUGUUUGAUUGAGGUCACUGUAAAAGUAGACAGAAGCAUGAUCUUAUUUUCUUUUUAGAAGAAUUGAUUAAUUUCAUGAAUGCACUAAUUGAUCAAAAAGCUGCUUCCAAGCAAAACAAAUCUGCCAGCUUCUCGAGUGGAAACAAAUCAAGUGUCGGCCUUUGAGAGCCACAUUGGAAAUCUGGGCCUCCCACAAGUCUAAGCGUGUCGGAAAUGAUUUGUUUUUGGUUGCCAAUUUAUCUAUUUGUAACAUCGGGAGGAUUUGUGGAAUAUGCCCCAAACAGGCUGGAAGUCAUGCAUCAUAACCAAGCGUUAAAUUCUCCGCAUGAAGGCGUUCUUUUUAAAGAAAAAAGAAAAAAACUUCACUUGAUACUUAUCCAUUGCUUUACUUGCAGUUUGAGAAUCAGGAAUUUGUUGAUGUCCCUGCGAAACUGAUGCAUAUAAAAUAACUGUAACCAGUGUGGUUACAUUUGAAAAUGAUCCCUCCUGUUGACAUUUUACAUCAGAUAUUCUGUUAGAAACGGAAUCUGAUUACGUUGUAAAAUAUCCACUCUGG